UUAGUGUGUUAUUAAGAGAUGGGCUUAAAAUGUGUGAGGAUGUGGCUGAUGUUGAUUUUGAUGUUUAUUUCUUUACAAGGAUGGAGGAUUGAGGGGUGUUUGAAGCAAGAGAGAUCUGCUCUCUUUCAACUUAAACAUUUCUUCAAUGAUCCUACCCAUCUUCAAAAUUGGUUUGAGGGAAAUGGAAAUUCAAACUGUUGUGACUGGGAAAGUGUUACUUGCAAUAGCAAAACGGGAAGAGUGAUCUCUCUUGAUCUUUACUCUACAAGAAAUCAAGAAUUAGGAGAGUGGUAUCUAAAUGUUUCUUUGUUUUCUCCCUUCCAAGAACUGGAGACACUUUACUUACGUCGCAAUCUCAUAGUCGGUUGCGUUGAGAAUGAAGGUUUUGAAAGAUUAUCACACUUGACUAAUCUCGUGGUUCUCGACCUUAGAUACAAUAUGUUCAAUGACAGCCACGUUUUAUCAGCUUUGAGCCAACAUUCAUCUCUCAAGAAUUUAUAUCUAGAUUAUAAUCAGUUUAGAGAACUAAACCAUUUUAUUGUUUCAAGAUUGAGUAACUUGGAGUCUCUGAGCUUAAGCGGUAACAUGUUAAACAAUAGCAUAUUAUCAUAUGUGUCUACUCUCUCAUCAUUAAAGGCACUAGAUCUUAAUGACAUCGGAUUAAAAGGCAUUGUUGAUCUUCAAGAAUUGGACUCCUUGACCAACUUAGAGGAGUUGCAAAUGGGCGGAAAUGAGAUUAAAAAAAUUGUAUUCUCCAAAGGUGAAACAAAUUUGAGGAAGUUGACUCUUUUUGGUCUAAACAAUGUGAGUAUUAGUGAUGGAAGCGGUCUCUUACAGACAUUGGGCUUAUUCCCAUCCCUAAAGUCUAUUGAAUUCAAGUCAAGCAACUUUAGUGGAGCGGUUACUACUAACGAGUUGUCUUCGUUCAAGAAUCUGAUAAAUUUAAAAAUUUACGACACUAUUUUUCACAACAACUUUCUUCAAAUGAUUGGGGGUAUGACUUCUCUUCAAUUUAUUGCAAUUUCAAGUAGUGAACUCAACAUCAGCGAUACUCUAUUUGACCAAGAGUUGUCUUCGUUCAAGAAUCUGACAAAUUUAACUAUUUACGAAACUAUUUUUUACAAUAACUUUCUUCAAAUGAUUGGGGGUAUGACUUCUCUUCAAUUUAUUGACAUUUCAAGUAGUAACCUCAGCUUAAGUGGUGACACUCUAUUUGACAAAGAGUUGCCUUCGUUCAAGAAUCUGACAUAUUUAACUAUUUACGAAACUGUUUUUAACAACAACUUUCUUCAAAUGAUUGGGGGUAUGACUUCUCUUCAAUAUAUUGAAAUUUUUAGUAGUAACCUCAACGUAAGCGGUGACACUCUAUUUGACAAAGGAAUUUGUAAGAUGCUUCAUCUUCAAUACCUAGACAUCGUGGCCAACGGUUUAACGGGUACCUUGCCUUGGUGUCUUGCAAACUUGACUUCCCUUCAACAUCUACGUAUCUCAUCAAAUCAUUUUACGGGUACCUUGCCUUGGUGUCUAGCAAACUUGACUUCCCUUCAAUUUUUUGAUAUCUCAUCAAAUCAUUUUACAGGAAACAUCUCCUUAUCUCCCCUUAAGGUGUUGACAUCCAUCCAAUACUUAAGCCUUGCAGACAAUCACUUUCAUAUCCCUGUUUCCCUUGAACCAUUUUUUAACCACUCAAAGCUUAAGAUGUUCUAUGGUGAUAGUAAUGAAAUAUAUGUAGGAAUUGAGUCACAAUAUCUGGCUCCAAAAUUUCAAUUAAAUGCCAUCACAUUAUCCAAUUGUGGAUAUAAUGUUUUAUUUCCCAAAUUUCUCUACAGUCAGCAUGACUUACAAUGGGUUUAUCUCUAUGGCAUUAAUUUGAAGGGAAAGUUUCCAGUUUGGUUGUUAAACAACAAUACCAAGCUAGAAAGCCUUAUUCUAGUUAAUAAUUCUCUUUCAGGGCCUUUGCAAUUACCCAUUCAUCCUCACAUGUCUUUGACAGAAUUAUAUAUAUCCAUCAAUUCCUUCCAUGGGCAUAUUCCAACAGAAUUUGGAGCUUAUCUACCAAUGCUACAAACUUUAAACAUUUCUAGAAAUGCUUUAAAUGGUAGCAUUCCCUCUUCGUUUGGUGACAUGAAGUCGUCGGAGUUUUUGGAUUUGUCUAACAAUUUGUUGACUGGAGGAAUACCUGAGCAUUUGGCCAUGGGUUGCAUCUCAUUACAAAUCCUUGCCUUGUCAAACAAUAGUUUGCAAGGUCAGAUAUUCCCUACAAAUUUUAACCUGAAAAACUUGUUAUAUUUACAAUUGGAUGGCAAUCAUUUCACUGGAAAGAUCCCAGAUAGUUUGUCUAAUUGCUCAUUGGAAGGGUUGUAUAUAAGUGAUAACCAUCUUGUUGGCACAUUACCAAGGUGGUUAGGAAAUAAGUCAUCUUUGGUGGAAAUUAUCAUCUCAAAGAAUCAUCUUGAAGGUCCAAUCCCAUUGGAGUUUUGUCAACUAGAAAGUCUUAAAGUAUUAGACCUUUCAGAGAACAAUAUUACUGGGAGUUUACCGUUUUGCUUUCCGCCUUCCUCAAUUAAACAAGUUCAUUUGUCAAAAAAUAAGUUACAAGGACAACUGAAUGAUGCAUUAUCCAAUAGUUCUUCUCUAACGACGCUAGAUAUUGGAUAUAAUCACUUUGAAAGCAACAUUCCUGAUUGGAUUGGUACGCUUUCUAAUUUAACUUACCUUAUCUUGAGUAAUAACAAUUUUCAAGGUGAAGUGCCAAUUCGUUUGUGUAAGUUAAGUCAAUUACGUUUGAUAGAUCUUUCUCACAACAAGCUUUCUAGGCAUAUCCCUGAUUGUUUAAAUAUCACAAUAGUCACUGUUACAUCAAAUGAUUAUGUACCUUUUGUUCAAAUGGUUGGAAGUAUCUCUUUUAGACAGGGAGAAACUGUAGAGUUUACAACGAAGACUAGAUCUUACUCUUACCAAGGAAGAAUUCUUAGCUACAUGUCUGGAAUUGAUCUCUCCAACAACAAGUUAGUUGGUAUGAUUCCUCAUCAAAUUGGAAAUCUUGUCGGAAUCCAUACACUUAACCUCUCUCACAACAACUUGACAGGACCAAUCCCAUUAACAUUUUCAAAUCUCAAGCAGAUCGAGAGUUUAGAUCUUUCAUACAACAAUUUGGUUGGGAAAAUCCCUCCCCAGCUUGUUGAGUUAAAUAAUUUGGCUGUUUUUAGUGUGGCACACAAUAAUUUAUCAGGCAAACUCCCUGAUAGGAUUGCACAAUUUGGAACCUUUGAAGAAAGUAGCUACGAGGGAAAUCCAUUUCUUUGUGGACAACCAUUGCCCAAAAGUUGCAAUGCAAUUGAAUCACAACCAAAAUAUUCAAGUAUUACUGGAGAAGACAAUGAUUUCAUUGAUAUGAAUGUCUUCUAUAUCAGUUUUGUUGUGUCCUACAUAGUUAUGCUCUUAGGGAUUGUUGUAGUUUUGUUGAUAAACCCUCAUUGGCGUCGUAGAUGGUUUUAUAUUGUUGAGUUGUGGACAACAUCUUGUUACUAUUUUGUUGUAGAUCAUCUCUAUAAGUGAUUUGAUCAUGAAAUAGUUAGUCGGAUUAUAUGUAAAUAUCUUACAAAAUUGCAUGUUUUGAUGUUCUCUUCAAGGUGCCAAAUGUUUUGUAAUUUCAAAUAAUGCAUUUAUUAAUGAAUAAUGUUAAUGCUUGAAGAAAGCCUACCGAGUAAUACUUUAGAU